CUCCCUCCUUCCCUCUGUAUCUCCGGAUCCGCUGCUUUGGUUUAGAUGGGGGAAAUCCUUAACUGAAUUGCGUCAUAAAUACGUCAAUAAACUCUCAUUCACUGACGACCAGGUACCACGGUAGCCGCCAUAUUCGCAUCUAUGGAAGGGUAGCGGUGCUCUCUGCGAGCGUAUGGUCCAGUCAUAGCAGCAACUAUUCCCCGCACCGACCCCUCGAUCCCAUCCUGAUACCGGUCCGCAGCUACACAGCGUGUGUUUGAUAUUCAAAGCAGAACAGCCGGGCUUCCACAGAGGGGAAGACAUGCAACGUGGAGCGGGGGUCUAGGUGGACUACGAUGCCUUAGACCUAGAGAGGAAUCCUGGCACAAGAUGGAGGUAAACAGCGUUAGUAGUGAGAUCAAUGGACAUCAGAUCAUGGACGAGCCCAUGGAGGAGGGAGAGUCUUUCUCACACUGUGAUGAUGGGACAUAUAAGGAGAUUCCCAUCACUCACCAUGUAAAGGAGGGCUGUGAGAAAGCUGAUCCAUCUCAGUUUGAACUGCUCAAAGUCCUCGGCCAGGGCUCUUUUGGCAAGGUAUUUCUUGUCAGGAAGAUUGUAGGUCCUGAUGCUGGUCAGUUAUAUGCAAUGAAAGUUCUAAAAAAGGCAUCGUUGAAAGUCAGGGACAGAGUUCGCACUAAGAUGGAACGAGACAUUUUAGUGGAAGUCAAUCAUCCCUUCAUAGUGAAAUUGCACUACGCCUUUCAGACAGAAGGGAAACUGUAUUUAAUACUGGACUUUCUCAGGGGAGGGGAUGUAUUCACUCGCUUAUCCAAAGAGGUUAUGUUUACAGAGGAAGAUGUGAAAUUCUACCUUGCAGAGCUGGCCCUGGCCCUCGACCAUCUGCACAACCUGGGCAUAGUUUACAGAGAUCUCAAGCCAGAGAACAUCUUACUUGAUGAAGCUGGACACAUAAAAUUAACAGACUUUGGCUUAAGUAAAGAGUCAGUAGAUGCUGAUAAGAAGGCUUAUUCCUUCUGUGGUACGGUGGAAUAUAUGGCCCCUGAGGUGGUCAACAGGAGAGGACACACACAGAGCGCAGACUGGUGGUCUCUGGGAGUACUUAUGUUUGAGAUGCUAACAGGGACAUUACCAUUCCAAGGGAAAGACCGAAAUGAAACCAUGAACAUGAUUCUCAAAGCUAAGUUAGGAAUGCCUCAGUUCCUGAGUUUGGAAGCACAGAGUUUGCUGAGAAUGCUGUUUAAACGUAACCCUGCUAACAGGCUAGGGGCCGGGCCUGAUGGAGUGGAGGAGAUCAAACGCCACACUUUCUUUUCCACCAUCGACUGGAAUAAACUGUACAGGCGAGAACUCCAGCCCCCAUUUAAGCCUGCAGCAGGUAAACCAGAUGAUACGUUCUGCUUCGACCCAGAGUUCACCGCUAAAACGCCUAAAGAUUCCCCAGGUAUCCCGCCCAGUGCUAACGCCCACCAGCUCUUCAAAGGUUUCAGUUUUGUUGCUCCAACCCCUAUGGAUGAGAACAAGAGCUCUCCACUGCUCAGCAUACUCCCUAUAGUUCAGAUGCACGGGGGCUCAUCCAAGUUCUCUGAUCUGUACGAGCUACAGGAGGAUAUAGGAGUUGGCUCUUACUCUAUUUGUAAACGCUGUGUACACCGAGUCUCUGCCAUGGACUAUGCUGUGAAGAUAAUAGACAAAAGCAAGAGGGACCCCUCUGAAGAGAUUGAAAUCCUGAUGCGAUACGGACAACAUCCAAACAUCAUCACUCUGAAAGAUGUGUAUGAUGAGGGCAGGUAUGUAUAUCUGGUGACAGAGCUGAUGAAGGGAGGGGAGCUGCUGGAUAAGAUCCUCAGGCAGAAGUUUUUCUCUGAGAGAGAGGCCAGUGCUGUGCUCUACACCAUCACCAAGACUGUUGACUACCUCCACUGCCAAGGGGUAGUACACCGAGACCUGAAGCCCAGUAACAUCCUGUAUAUGGACAACUCAGGAAAUCCUGACUCCAUCAGGAUCUGUGACUUUGGAUUUGCCAAGCAGCUUCGGGGAGGCAACGGCCUCCUUCUCACGCCCUGUUACACUGCCAACUUUGUGGCACCAGAGGUACUAAUGCGGCAAGGCUAUGAUGCAGCCUGUGAUAUAUGGAGCCUUGGAGUUCUAUUGUAUACCAUGCUGGCAGGGUACACACCGUUUGCUAAUGGGCCAAAUGACACACCAGAGGAGAUUCUUCUCCGAAUAGGGUCUGGAAAGUUCUCUUUGACAGGUGGAAACUGGGACACCGUCUCAGACUCCUCAAAGGACCUACUGUCCCAUAUGCUCCAUGUGGACCCUCACCAGCGAUACACAGCAGAACAGGUUCUAAAACAUUCCUGGAUCACCUGCAGAGAUACGCUGCCACACUUCCAGCUCACACGGCAUGAUGCACCACACCUCGUCAAAGGAGCCAUGGCUGCCACCUAUUCAGCACUGAGCCAGAAGACAAACCAGCCAGUGUUGGAGCCUGUGGCAGCCUCCAGUCUAGCCCAGAGACGCAGCAUGAAGAAACUCACCUCAACCGACAUGUAGGCACGCACCACUCGCCCUCAAACUCUCUGCAGGCGCAGCCACACGCACAAGAGUCCUGGCCAGUCAGAUCUACUGUCUCCCUUUUUAUUCUAUUUAUUUGACACACCCGACAUAUGCACUCACACCCACCUUACGUGCACACGCGCACUGGACGAGGCUGCACUGUGAAGACGUCAGCUGAAGCGGAAAAGGGGAAACUCACAUAUCUUUUACUGCUGGGGAGACAGACUUGUAUUUAUUUCCACAGGUUUCAUAUGCACUUGCCCUCCUCGCCUUUCAUUCUUUCUUCUUCGUUUGAGGAAGAAGCGCACCAGCUGAUGUUCUCCUUCACUGUGAUUGGCUGAUUCAAAGCUGCUAGUGUAAACUGUGCCCCCUCCCCCACUGCUCUUCACCAGCGCCCUACUAUCCUCCUCCUCCUCAGUUCUCUCUCUCCUUCCCUUGUUAGCUUUUGCUCUCUUCUUUUCUUCAAAGUGAACUUACAGCUUAUGUGUGAGAGUGUUGGUGUGAUGAUGUUGACUGAGGGACCCGCUGUAAGACUGUUUCUUCCCUUAAAAACAAAGAUAUGAUUGUGCUUGUGGCAGAUUUAUAAAGUCCCUCAGGAUCAAAAUCAUCUGACUGCAUUCUCGCUAACACAAAUGCAUGUGUGGACACAACGUGUAUUUCUUUCCCCUUAAAAUCACCAUCUGACUCAUGUUACUUUGUGAUGCUAACAAUGUGUCAAAAGAGGUCAAAUAAGCUGCAGAUGGACAAAAGAUGUCUAGUAUUGGAAAGUGAAACAUUGUGGUAAGAAUAACAAUUUCUAGUUUGCAAAAAAUAUAUAAAAAUAUAUAGAAAAAUGAAGAGCAUGUGGGGGAGCUGUAGGAAUUUCUCUGGGGGGGUACGGGACGCACACCGUCAAGCCAGAGAGGCUGAAUUAAAAAAAAAAAAAAAAAAAGUUUUCCAUGGAUAUCUCUUCAAAAGGACAUUGUGGAAAUUGUAUGAUAUUGUAUUUAUUUCAUUUGAUUUUUAAGAUUCUAUUUUUUUUUCAAGUUCUGUAUAUAUUGACAUUAAAGAUCAUUAUUAACAUGCACUCACAUAGUCUGGUUUGUUCAGUCACAGAAACGCAGUCCACACGUCUGUCACUCAUAAUAAAUUGAAAAUGCUAAUAUAGCGCGACAACUCAUGCCUUUGCAGAAUGUUUAGAUCAACACGGUAACAUCUGACUUGACAUGUAGCUGCAAGUGGCGAUUACGUGGGGCCAUAGGAUGUGAUUUCUUUUU